AUGACGGGGUUUUGCUCAAUGCUACGCGGAGCCUACACGGUGGCAACCUUGAUGGAGGGCUCAUCUUUUAUAGCGAUAAUGGUUGAAAGGACAAUAGCUUCGGUUUAUUUCCGGACUUAUGAAACGAGAACGAUGUUCCAUCUUGGUGUAGUACUUGCCGCAACACAGGUUUGAAUAAUCAAGUUUUUAAGACUAAUGAAUCGAUUUUCAGUGGACGCUGGCGACUUUCACAAUGAUUGGCUCGAGAAUGAGUCCUGCUAACAAAAAUAAUUACUCUCGUCUUCCGUGUCAAAAAGACUUGACAUCCGGGAAAAUCGCAGGGUUCAUAGUCGCUUUUGUACUUUUGGGAGAUAUAUUAUCAUUUUUCGUUAGUUGAUGUUUACAUAUUCAAUUUUAGUGAUUAGUUUAGGGAUUUCUGCGGAUAUUUUUCUACAAUUUGCGCCUUCACAAGCACAGAAAUACACGGAGAACGAGUCUCAAGGAAAUUUACCAGGUUUUAUAUUUCUUUUGCUCAUUUUUCAAUGGUUUUCGGUUAAGAUAACGGAAAAUGUCCGCACGACGAGGACACUGUCCCCAGUUCUGGCGGCGAUGUUAACCGGAUCUCUUGCCGAGUGUUUUUUGGUAGUCUACAGGCUUUAUGUUGAUAGGAUCUUAGAAAAACUGCCGGAAAACGAAAAAGAGCCAUUUUUCGUUGAAAAACUUGGCCGAGGUACCUUUUGUCCAAUUUUCGUAUUUUUAUUCGAAUUUUUUCACAGGAGCUGAAGUUUCCCAGUUGUUUGAUAUUUUAUCUGAUGCAACGAAAAUUUCCUUCUGUUAUUUGAUGUUGGCUCAUCCUUCUUUAUAUCGACGUUUCAGAAGGAUGUAUUGGCGAAGUUCCAAGGUAGUUUUUAGGCGAAACAGUUUUAAAAAAAAGAGGAGUCUUCAUAUGAAAAAUAUUUGUUAUGAGAGCGAUACUGGGAAAAUUUUUAGUGGUCACUAUAAGGUUUUGACGUUUUAGUGGCUACUAUAGUGGUUAAAUUAGUGGCCACUUGAGGGGUUAAAAAUUAGUAGAGGUAUAUGUGCUACUACUAGACCACUAAAAGCUUUAGUGGCCACUUUAGGGGUCUAUGGAUCAACAUAACUGGUUCAAACUGUUUGUUUUGAGUUACUGGAAGGAAUAUUGGAUGAAAAACUACUGAAGUGGUCACUAAAUAAAAAACCUUCAUAGGGGCCACUAAAACGGAAAAUAGCAGCCACUAUAGAGGUGGGUUUACUGGCCACUUUAGUGUCCUCUCCAAGUAGUCCUUGGCGAGCCUCUAAAGUGGCCACUAAAAUUUUCACAGUAGUCUAUGUUUCACGAUUUGAAAUUUUACUGAACGACACUCCGCUGUUAUGCUGCGCGCGGUCGCAAAGCGUCUUUGCAUUUGCGAAUCUCGGUCGCGCUUUAAAUUGGUUAUUUUUUUUCAUUGGGAGCACUUGAAAAUCAAGUAAUGAAUUAAAAGAAAAAAUGAAACCGUGACCGAGAUUUGCAAAGGUGAAGACGCUUCGCGACCGCACGCAGCGAAACAGCGGAGUGUCGUUCGGUGGAAUUUCAAUUCUCCUAAUAUUUUACUUAACUGACUAGGAAGUUUUCCUGAUCUGAAUAUUAUUAAUAUAAUAUUGUAGAAGUUUUAAAUUGAUUUUUUUCAGGUCGAACAAUCAAAAUCGGCCCCGGUGGCUUUGGAUGGCACUGACUUGCAAUUUAACACUUCCGUAAGUGAUUUUCUAUACUAAUACACUUUUAGAAAAUUUUCCCGUUAAAAUUUUUGUUUCAAGGGGCUUUUUUCAAGGUUUAAAAAUCAGCAGGAUUUUCGUUGCGUUUUUAAAAAAAUCAAAAAUUCAAUCACAAUUUUUUUAAUUCAUUCAAUUAUACUUUAAGUACAUUUCCAUUUUUUUAAUCAAAUCGAGUGUUCAAAUUUAUUCUCAAAAUUAAUAAAUCAGACUCGAAUUCAAGACACAUUUUGAUAUAUUUGAACUGGAACUGGUGCUAUUUUAACGUUGCAGCUUUCCUUUCAAAACACGUCAAAAGCGACUUUUGAUCCAAUAUCGAAAUAACUUUUUGCACGGUUAAUUAUAGAUUUAGUUCAGCUGCUAAUAGACAUCUGUCUAUGUUUUCCUUGAUAAUUUAUGAUUCUGAAACGAAUCGAAAAUCGUAGUUUUGUUGUGUAAAAAGGUUAGCAGGGCUCUUCUAUUUUUUUCGAUUUUAAAUUUUUUUUGUUAAGAGCAGAUUUUUAGGAUUGUAAUGAAAAAGGUUCAUCGAUAGCGUUUAAAAUGGCUGGGAGUCAAAAAUUUAUUUCCAGUUCAGAGCUCACUUCCCUAGAAUUUUUUAUAUGCAUAAUCAGAUGAGAAUUUUUCAUAUUUUUCGUGAAAUUUCUGUUAGAAAGCACCUGAAAUAGGAUACGAAAAUUCGCUCAAUCAAAAUUUACACCAUUUUCGGGUAUUCGAGAACGGAAAAAUGAGAGAUCAGCAGUGUCAUAAGAGACACUAGAGAAAAAUACUUUCUCAACUUCUCUGGCCUCUCUUCGAAGCUUCUUAUCUCUCGCUUUCUCCGUUCUCCUUGUCACUUUUCGACUGUCUGCGUCUCUCUGUUCCCUCACCGGCGAGGUCAGAGAAACGUGAAAAGAGCACGUCAACAUGAGAGAGUCGUCGAGAGACGAGGAGGGCGCAGAGAAAAACUAGCUCCAAGUCGCUAUAUGAACAGCCUUCUGAAUUUUUGUUUUUUAGCUCUAAACUUAUUUUUUUAGGAGAAAAAGAAAAUUUUUUGUUCUGUAUUUUAUUUUUGUUCUGCCUGUAAAUAAAUAAUAUUAUUAAAAAUGAAAAAUGAGAGAUUCGACCUGAAAAGUGAUCUUUCGAUCCAAAUUGUUAUACUUCUGUUGAAAUUAUUUUUUUAAGGAAGAAACGGAGCAUCAUUUCGGAUCCCUGAGGCAGCUGUGGAAAUAA